UUAUCUUUGUAGUGAACAUGCUCGGCUGCGCAUCAUUUGUCAUUGCUGGAAUUGACGUUUGGAUUUUGUGCUUUUUCGGCAUUUAACAAAUCGUGAAGGAAAAAAAUAAAAGACCAAAAAUUGGAAGAAGAAGACUAAAAAGAAGUUCUUUAUAUUUUUAUACUCCUAACACCAAAGCGUGAUUUUUAAAAUUUCGCAGUUCAGGCGCUUAGCGUUUGACAGAACAAACAGUGAGCGAGGCAAAGAGAUUUCAUAUCUUCGCAGGACCUCAACACACGCGAGUAUCUCUAAUAAUUAAUUUUCGUGCCUGUGGAAGUGACCCUGAGUGCUGACCGUCUUAGCGGAAAAAGUAUAGCAAAAUUACGUGCAGUGUGCAGUGCCGCUGUGUAGACGUUGAGGUGUUUGUGUCGAAAUAGUCAAGACAAGGUCGUGCCGCUGAGUAGCAUACGUAGCAGUAUCGUAGUCAUCAAACAAUAAGUUACAUUUUUCACCUGCAGUAGAAGCAAUAAAAGCAUAAAUCACUCGAAAUGGAUGUAUUCCUUAUGAUUCGAAGACAUAAAACCACAAUUUUUACCGAUGCCAAGGAGAACACAACCGUCGCAGAACUAAAGCGUAUGAUCGAAGGCAUCCUAAAAGUGCGUCCACACGAACAGAAACUGUACAAUCAAGACAACGAAGUGAUGGAAGACGACAACACUCUUCAAGAUUACGGCAUUCAGAUGUCUACAGCAAAGGCGCAAGCCCCGGCACAGUUAGGACUAGCACUAAGAGACGAACAUGGAGAUUUCGAGCCGCUCGAAAUUACGCCGUACUCAUCGCCACCAGAUCUACCUGAAGUUAUGAAAAAUCAAGAGGCAGCUAACGGGCAAGAACAAGUUGCAUAAAGAAAAUCCAAAUGCAAAUAAAUACGUAUAUAGAACUGCGGCAACAAACAACUACAGUAAUAAAACAGACCAGCCGAAAUACAUACUACAUCUAUAAAAAUGCACGCAGGAAAUGCAUAUUUUAUAUAAGAAAUUAUUAAAAUUAUGAAUAUAAUAUCGACUCAUUUUUGAGCUUCGGCGAUAAGUGAAUAAUUUAGUUAAAUGCUUUCUUUAUCACAAUAGGUACUUUUGUGAAAUGCGUAUCAUUUUAAGUAAUUUGCGCAAAUGUAAAAAUACAGCAAUUGAGCAAAAAAAAAUCCAAACCAAAUAAUUGGAAAGGAAUCAAGUAAUUAUGUAACUCUUUUUAAACAUGUUUCUUACUAAUAUUAUUUUUUAACUCAACAGCAAAUUUUUGGCCAACAAAAAAGUUCAAUAUUAAAUCUUCAAAUUUAAUUUUAUUGGAUUCAGUCCUACUGUUACAUAUCCAACAUUUUUACGUUGUGAAAACUUUUUUAUCAUUGUUUUGUUUGAUUGCAAAUUUUGUAUGUUGUUAAUAUUAAAACAAGCUUACAAAUAGCUAAAGAUUUGCGCUUCACUCCGCCAAGCCUUGAUUAAAGCAGUUAGUGAGUGGCCUCAAAAUUCACCAACAGCAAAAGCUACAUAUAAAGACUUUUGAAAAUCUCUAAAUUACCAUUAUGUACAGAUUUACAAACACCGCAGAAGUGCGUACAUAUAAAUGUAAUUCAUUCAACACAACUUUAGGGUCACUAAAUCAAUUCACACAAAGUUACACUUGUGUAUUAUUUAUUAUUACUUCCACUUAUUUACCAGUCCCUUAAAUAUAACAAAAAACAAUGAAAAUUUAAAUGAAAAGCGCAUUUAAAAAUUGUAUUGUAAAGCCUUACGAAAAUCUCGACGAUAUGACAAUGCAAAGUGAAUACAAAGAGCGUAAAUGGAGAAGCGAUAAGCAGAAUCGGUGAACCAGAAAACACCUUUAUGAAUUACUAUAUCGGUUAAUUUUAUUAAUUAAUUAACAUAAUUGUAAUAAGAUUUAAAUAUUAAAAAAAUCGAGUGGAAAAUA